GGUUUGAUUUUUCGCAAACGGAUGCAUUAAUGUGGCGCGUGAGAAAACGACGCUUUUUAUGCCUAGGGAUCGUCUGUUUGUGCUGCGUUUACGUCAUUCGAAUCGAAGUGAACAAAAGCUGGGCCAACAGAGGACACAAGCAGUUCCUUCCAGUCAAUUUACAGAUGAAGCCCAUCACCCUGGCCUUCGAUCACGAAAGUUAUAUCGCAAAGGAGAAACAUACCCAGAAGGAUGGUUUCGCCAAGCACGCUUUCAACUUUUAUGCGAGCAACUCUGUAGCUCCAGACAGAAAUAUUCCAGAUUCUCGCCACCCCAACUGCAAGAAUAAAAUCUACAACAUUCCACAGAGUUUUUCCGUGAGUGUCAUAAUAACUUUUCACAAUGAGGCAAGGUCAGCUCUUUUGAGAACAAUAAUUAGUGUUCUGAACAGAAGUCCCGAUGACUUGUUGAAAGACAUCAUUCUAGUCGAUGAUUUUAGUGAUGAUGCUAGCGAUGGCUCUGAGCUUAGCAAUUUUCCCAAAGUCACACUUUACAGGAAUUCGCAAAGAGAGGGUUUAAUAAGAUCUCGGAUGAUCGGUGCUCAGAUUUCCACAGGAAGUCACGUGAUGUUCCUAGAUAGUCAUUGCGAAGUGAACAUUGGUUGGUUGACACCCUUGCUGCAAACAGUAGCCAAGCAUCCGAAAGCUUUGGUUACUCCAGUGGCUGAUAUAAUCGAUACAGACAAUUUUGAAUAUAAGCCAACUUCAGGGGAAAUUAAAGGAGGGUUUGACUGGAGCCUGAAUUUCCGGUGGCAACUUAUAUCCAAGACAGAUAAUGAGGAGGCAAGUGAUCCAACCAAAAUAUUCAUAUCGCCUGUAAUACCUGGUGGUUUAUUCUUAAUUCGAAGAACCUGGUUCUAUGAACUUGGAGGACUGGACAAAGGAAUGGCAAUCUGGGGAGCAGAGAAUAUAGAGAUGUCCAUCAAAGCCUGGCUGUGCGGCGGAGAAGUUCUCACAGUUCCUUGCUCGAGGGUAGGUCAUAUCUUUCGUAAAAGACACCCAUAUUCUUUCCCUCCCAAUGGAAGUUUAUCUACAUAUUUAAGAAAUUCUCGAAGAAUUGCAGAAGCCUGGUUAGAUGAAUACAAGUACCAGUUCUAUGAAAUCAAACCGCAAGCCAAGAACCAGGAUUUUGGAAGUAUUGAAGAGCUUGUGAAAGUAAAACGUACCCUGAACUGUAAGCCCUUCCAGUGGUUUUUGGACAAUGUUUAUCCUGAACUGAAACCUCUUAGUAAAGAUGCCUUAGCUCUGGGUCAACUGCAGCAAGAAAAUAUGUGCUUACAAAGUGAGAUAAAUAACAAGACGAAAUCCACAGUUAAUCUUGCCAUCUGCUUGGAGAAGAAGCCGGAGCAGGAAUGGUAUUUUGCAAAAUCGGGAGAUCUUCAUCAAGGAAAAUACUGCUUAACUGCAAGAAUUAAUUUGAAAAGACCAAAGAUCUAUUUAACCAAAUGCACGAAUAGCACAAAACAAAAAUGGACUCGCCGAAGGAGGUUACUUAUGUACCAAGGAUUGUGUCUGGAAAAUGCGAUGGAUCCUGUGAUUGGACUUUCACAUUUGACGUUAAAUCCAUGCCGACAAAAUGCCUUUUCUCAACGAUGGGACUUUUCUGUAGAACUGCAAACGUGGGGAGACAGAUAACAUUCAUUAACUGUGGAAAAUAGAACUGUCAUCCCCCAAAGACUACUACGACAUUUUUGUAAGGAGUAUUUUCGGCCCACUUAAAGAUCUGUAAUUCAUUACUACUAAGAAAUUAUUGGAUUAUUUAUAUUGCGAGCUACGUUUUAAAACAUUUGACACUUUUACAGUACUUUACAUAGCAGUAUAAAUAAAUUUUUAAAUUUGCGUUUAAGGGAACUGGGGUUUAACUGUUACAAAUUUCUUAGCGGUUAUUCAGAAAUUAGCUUUUUGUACAGACUGGUUCAUAUUGGGUAAAAAUCAGUUUCGUAUUAAUUUAUUAAACCAGUGUUUAAUUUAUCUGAAUAUAUAAAUUACAUUUUUGCUUGUAUAGUCAUUUAAUUUUAAAAGAGACUCGUUUCAAAAUAACACGGAAUUUGUGUGAAAAAUGCUAAUUUCAUCCUCCUUAACGCAAUGUACUGCUACUCGCCUGAUGCACAAACUGACGCCAUUCUCUUUCAGGAUUUCUUUUUUAAGUUGAUUAUGGCAAUGGUACACGUAGACAGCUUUGAUUCAAAAUGAGUUAAUAAUAUUAUUCAUCAUCUGGUAAUUUAUAUCAUACCAAACCGUAUGAUCGUAACUAAUUUUAAAUCUUAAACUAUGGAGCAUUGAGUAGACAAAAGGUUCCAUUUUUUACAUCUUCUUCAAAACGAUGUAUUCUUAGCCAUAACGGCCGUACCCCAGAUUGUGACAUACAGGCCGAGACUUUAACCCCUUAACUACGAAUUUUAUUAACAUUUUUAUUACAGCACUGCACAUUGAGCAACUCAUAUUUGUUCUUUUCUCUCUGUUCAUGUGUGUACAACGAGCACAGAAGCGUACAACUAUUGGAAGAUGAUCCCCAACAUUCAGAAGAUUCUAAGUACUUUUUAAUCCAGCAGUAAUUUUUGAAAUUUUAGCGAGAACAUACAUAUCUUGUUAGUAGUCAAAGCAUUAAACGAGGUUGUGGGCAACAGAAUUAAGGGGCGGAAAAAUUCUUAGAAUUUUAUGGUGUUGUUGUUGUUGUUACUUAUGCUCAUUUGUCUGACAGUAACAUCAGCCCAAGUCCACGAAAUCCCUCUGGCAAGGAGCGCAAGAUACGCCUGCCGUUAGCAACAGCCUUGAGCACCCUACAGGUGACAGUGCGAUUUAGCUCAGUUCCGUCUCCAAUUUUGAUGGAGGGCACCCUGGGGAAACGACGAGUUCGAGGGUCUUCCACCCUUCCACGAAACCACACAAGAGGACAUUCUCCAUGCCGCACCGACACUAUGCAUUUACAAACAUCCAUGCCUUCUCCGGAAUUGGAACCCAGGCCCUUCGGCACGCCUGUCAGUGACGGUAACCGCUAUACCGGUUGGGCGGUUUAGAACUUUUAAAGGCUUGGAAAUAGCAGAAUUUAGAACUUGCAGAGACUACACUGGGCGGCAAGAUGCCUACCCGCCGGCCAUCAUCAAUUCAUCUUCAACAUUUCAUUUCAACAAUGCUCGCUAAAACGGUUUGGGUUAUUAAAAUCAUUUGCGAUAGCAGACGAACAAACGUGGCAACACACUGACUGUUACUGACCUGGCAAUAUUGCAUGGCACAAAUUUCCAACUUCAGUUUUUCUCGUAUCGUUAUGGGUACCGUCAUAAUCAGUUUUCUUGGCCAAUUCAUGAAUGGUUUGACAAGGAUCCGUGUAGAUCAGUUUGUUCAGAUUAUCUUCAUUGAAACGUGCGAUGGACGAUCGAAAUGCAGCGAGUCCGUGAUAAACAAAUUUUCAUUUAGGAACCAAUAGGGCUGUUGUUUGAGCAGCUUCCCAUGCACUUUAAUAAAACAAAUGCUUCCACGAUUGAGGAUCUCUAAUAUCAGAGAUUUCAGAAACAGAGUUUGUUGCCCAUUCCAUUUAUCAUAGACACACUCAUAUAUUUCAAAUACGAAAUACUGCUAGUUACGUUUUGAUACACAAUUGUCUGUUUGCAUUUGCACUACAGAAUAAUUCUAAAAUACACCGACAUGAACUUGUGUAUAACUCCAUAAAAUUUAAUUUAUUCAUAUCUAAAGAGAUCAGAUUCGAUCUGGAUGAACAGGAACUAAUAAAACUUAAACUGGCGUCUAAGGCAGAAGAAAAAGAAUUCUAUUAAAAGCAAACUACUUUUUUCAAAAGUACUGUCUAAAUGGAUAUACUAAAAUAACUUAAUUUGAAAGGGAAAGAUUAUUAACAAUGGGUACUAAUGCAGUGUUAAGUAAAACUUUCAGUGCUAACUUCAAAGAUCUAGCUUUACUUUUCUAAACAUCUAGAAACAACAGUUCAUAGCCGCUGUUUCUCACUUACGUUUUCUCAAGCAACUGCUGUGCUUCUCACAGUUUCUUUUCAUAGGACACCGAAAGUUAGCUAGUUAGUUGAACGCGAUUUUGCUGUCUGCGUAACGUUAUGCUGGUAAUAACCAUAAACACCGGGAUACUCGGUGUUUCACCGUUAUUACCAGCAUAACAGCGAGAUCCAAUCCCCGUCGAGAAACAGUCUUUGGGAGAAUGUCAACAGUAACUUCGCAUUAACGUAUAAAAGCUGCAAAGAUGUUCAAAAUUCUAAAUAAGCAUAAGGUCGCAUAAAAUUUUUUAAAUGUAUCCAGAAGGUGAAAAUGGCAAGGUGUCGAGCUAAUUACUACAAAACAAAAUGAAGAUUAACAAGCGCAAUAAUAGAUACACAAUUCAUAGAGCAAGUGCGAAAAAUUCCAGAGCGCAUAAGAAGCCAAUCUCAAAUGAAACAUUUGUUUGCGGUAUACAUUUAUACCACAAACGAAAAUUUUUAAAUGAAGUGCUAAUGAAAACUUUAAACAAAAUCUGCAAUAUUUAUUUUCUAUACUUAAAAAAUAUACACUUACUUUUCCGCAAUUUUGUGUAAUUUAUUCAUUUUAAUUAAUAUCAAUCAUAAGCUGAUGCAAUGUUCACAGUUUUCUAAUUUUACCGUAGAUAUAUGUAGUUGUGGCUAAUCUCUCACUUGUCUGACCUACAAUCCCAUAAAUUUUAUCAUGGCAAAUGUAAUUUUAUCAUAUUUUUAUGGAAUUUUAUCAUGGCAACAAGAUUGCGACUGUUAUUGGCAUGGGCCUUAAAGCACCAUAUAGGUGACAGUACAAUUUUAGCCAGUUCCACUCCAAUUUUGAAGGACCCUUAGCGGAUGAGUGCGAAGGUACCCCACACCUUUUAUCAAACCACUCUAUAGAGGACUUUACACUUGUCGUAAAUUUUUUAUGUUCCCAAUGCAGUACAUAUGUUACCAGCAAAUUAUGAAAACUGGCUGGCCAUGUAUGAAACAAUUAAACAUUUCACACAUCGCCUAGGCAUCUUAUAGAAUGCCAAAUGACGAACAGGCAAAAUAUGAAAUACAUCUGUGAUCCUUUCCGAAUAAUCGAAACUACUUACCAGAAGUUAAUAAAUAUGUAAAAAACCCAAAAUGGCUACUAAAAAGGAACCAGGGGACUACUAUUGGUUGCUGAAUCGCUACGAUGCGAUGUUCGUGGAAAACAAAAGUAAACGCAUUUAUCCUAUUAAAGAAGGUUUCAGUUAUUUCAUGAAAUUCAUUUGGCUGUUGGGCAUGAAGGACGUGAUAGAAUGUUGAAGGAACUGUAAACCAAAUACCACGGAAUGAUAUUGAACUGUGCAUCACUUUUGUGAGCUCUGCCAUGAGGGAAAAAAAAAAAAAAAAAAGGGUAUUAAAAAAAAAAAAAAAAAAGGGGUAUUAAAAAAGGGCAUUAGUGUGAAACCUAUGAUUUUUCUGAAUUUAAUUGCCGUUGUCAAGUAGAUCUUAUUGAUUUCCAGUCAGACAGUGAAUGCAAAUUUAUUGUGGUGUACCAGGAUCGUCUCACUAAUUUUUUUAACAUAUUUAGAA